AUGAAGAAACUUGCAGAGGCAGGCAGUGUGGUGACUGGCUUCAGAGUCACCCAGCCUCCCUUGCUUUCCUGUUUCCUGGAGCUCAGCAUGACAUCACAGCCCACCCCAAGGAAGUACAAGAGUCAUCAGCCAGAGAGGGCAGAGCCAUCUGUCUCUGAACAUCAGCACGCAACAUGGUUAAAUACCAAGAAGGCAGGGCUUGUGGGGAUAUAUGGAUCCCACUAUGGUCCCUCCCACUGGGAAACAGUGAAGAAAACUGGAAUCAAUCAGCACGCCAAAUACACCUGCUCCCUCUGUGGCAAGACCAAGAUGAAGAAUCAAGCCAUCGGCAUCUGGCACUGUGGGUCUGCAUGAAAGCAGUAGUUGGUGGGGACCUGGACCUACAACACCAUUUCCGCAGUCACAGUGAAGUCUGCCACCAGAAGACCAAAGGAACUGAAGGAAUAG